AUGCCACAGACUCUCUACAGAUUUGGCGUCGACCCAGCGGACCCAACGGUGAAUGCCGCUGCGCCAGUGCCUGUCAUUACAAACACCAAGAUCAAGAUCCUGUGGUCAUCAUGGUGCGACCUCAUAUAUACGACACUCAACCGCGACAGAACGCGCUCAAUAAUCUAUCUCGGAACAAGUCUGAACCCCGCCCAGCAGCUUGACCUCCAAUCCAGGGCUUCUAGCCCUGCCGUUAUGGGACAAUAUCCAUCGAAACCAGGAGAGCAUCUGCACUUCUUCGGCGCUGCAAUGCACGACGGCGUGCGAGGCUAUGUAGCCGAUAGCAUGAUGUGCAGCGACAGUUCGCUCCUUCUAGUCUGCAAUCCAAAAUUGGUCACAGAACCUGGUGAGGAGGAACCUGAGCCGGAUGCCAUCGUGUCCUCGGGGAAAGGAGGUCUUGAGUGUUGCAAGGUUUCGGCGUUAGCAAUGCCCCGGACCCGAACGAUAAGCUGUGUCCGAGACCUCCAAGGCCUCAGAGAUUACUGCGCCGCAGAAACACCUAUUGAGUGCGCUGCCCAAUUCGCGCCGAUUCAACUGGUCGUAAAUGCAACGACCGCAACGGCUUUAGACCAAGGCGGCAGAGUGCAUACACGUACUACAGACCCACGCUACCCUACCUGUCUGGGCCGCCCCUAUACUGGAACAUCAAAUUUCGAGCCGGUGCCAUAUCUCUCCGAAACACGCAUCAUAAAGAUAGCGUCAGGCGGCUACAUCACGGCAGCUGUUAGUGAAGAUGGCGAGCUGUUCCUGUGGGGCCAGGCAAGCCCUGGUACAGUAGGAGAACUGGGCGUGCUGCAUAGAUCGGACUACAGCACUGACAUCAAAGACAACAUGGGAAAUGUGAUCUGGGCUGACAGCGUGCAAGACGAAGACAUCAAGUGUCUCAAUAUAUAUAUUGAUGGGAAGGCCGCAUCUGCUUAUGAUGUUGCUGUAGGGUUUGGCCAUGUCUUGGUUGCGGCGAGAAAUGAGGUCGGAGAACAUGCCGUCUUUGCUGCUGGAUGUGGAGAGCAGGGUCAGCUGGGGUUGGGCAGGUCGUGUGACUUCCAGCAGGAAUUUGAAGAAGUAGUGAGCUUGAGGGGCAAGCAGACAUCAAGCUUAGUGGCAGCAGGCUGGUCGAGCCAUGUGGUCGCCGAGGGGUGA